CUCUCUCUCUCUCUCUGCCUGCCUCUGCCUCUCUCACUUGGUUUUUCUCUCUCCUUCUCUUUCUCACACGCACACAUACUCUCACACACACCCCCUCUCUCUAGUCCCCACCUACUAUUCUACUCCCUCUUCAAGUUCUCGUCCGGAGGCAGCGGCGGCGUGCGACUCAAACAGGAGAUCUCCCUGCUGCACGGCGUCUGCCUCAUCGUGGGCAACAUGAUCGGUUCCGGCAUCUUCGUGUCACCCAAGGGGGUGCUCCUGUACACCGGCUCCUUCGGCUUGUCGCUGGUCAUCUGGGCGGUCGGAGGGGUUUUCUCCGUUUUCGGCGCAUUGUGUUACGCCGAGCUGGGCACCACCAUCCGUAAAUCGGGAGCCUCCUACGCAUACAUCCUGGAGGCGUUCGGGAGCUUCUUGGCAUUCAUUCGGCUAUGGACAUCGUUAUUGAUUGUGGAGCCAGCCUGCCAGGCAGUGAUCGCCUUGACCUUCUCCAGCUACCUGGUCGAGCCAUUCUUCAUGACAUGCCCCGCCCCCUAUUACGCAGUCCGCCUCGUCGCUGCUGUCAUCAUUUGCCUGCUGACAUACGUGAAUUGUUUGAAGGUGAAGUGGGGCGCUAUUCUUCAGGUCAUAUCCACCGUGGCAAAAGUGCUGGCCCUGAUCGUCAUUAUCAUCACCGGCCUUGUCAAGCUGGGUCAAGGUUUCAGUCAAAACUUUGAGGACUCGUUCCGAGGCUCCAAGAUGAAUGCCGGCGACAUGGCACUGGCCCUCUACUCGGCGCUCUACUCCUACUCCGGCUGGGACACGCUCAAUUUCAUUACCGAGGAGAUUAAGAACCCAGAGAGAAAUCUCCCGCUGAGCAUCGCCAUUUCCAUGCCCAUCGUCACCGUCAUUUACAUCUUGACCAACGUGGCCUACUAUGUGGUCAUGGAUGCCGAACAGGUCCUCAAUAGCGAAGCUGUCGCCGUGACUUUUGCGGAUGAGGUUCUGGGCUGGGGCCGCUGGCUGAUCCCGUUGUCUGUGGCCAUUUCCUGCUAUGGCGGUCUCAACUCUUCCAUCAUUGCUGCCUCCAGGUUAUUUUUCGUGGGUUCCCGUGAAGGCCACCUCCCCAACAUCCUGUCCAUGAUCCACGUCAAGCGCUUCACCCCCAUCCCUGCCUUGAUUUUUAAUGGCAUCAUGUCUCUGUUGUAUCUGUCCGUGCCCGACGUCUUUCGCCUGAUCAACUAUUUCAGCUUCAACUACUGGCUCUUCAUCGGCCUGUCCAUCGUCAGCCUCAUCUAUCUUCGCUUCAAGGCCCCCAAGUUGCACCGACCCGUCAAGCUGUCCUUGUUCUUCCCCAUCGUGUACUGCCUGUGCAGCCUCUUCCUGGUGGUGGUGCCGCUCUACAGCGAUACCAUCAACUCACUGGUGGGCAUCUGCGUGGCGCUGUCCGGCGUGCCCGUCUACUUCCUCUGCUUCCGCCUGCCGCGCAACUCCAGGCCCGCUUUCCUCAACAAAAUCCUCCACACGCUUUCGUCUUGCACCCAAAAAUUGUGCUACUGCUGCGUGGCGUCGCCCGACAUCGAUUUGGACAACAUCGACACCGACAAGAUGGAGUGAAAGAAAGACAGAAGGGACAAGCGACCCUCUGCUCAAGACAAUCCUCUUUUUUUUUUCCUUUAUUAUUUUGAAGAGGGGGAGGAUGAAGAAAAAAGCGGUACCUGCACACUCUGCACAUCGCCACGUUGCCACAGCCCGCCCAACAUUUUAAGAAAAAGUUAUAUGCUGUCAAGUUGCACAUUUUACGUUGUUCUAUUUUAAGAACGCGUUGUGGAUAUUUAUUUUCACUGGAGUUGGGAUUAUUUGACCGUUUCACACCGCAGUUUUGUUUUUGUUGUUAAAGGGAGGCACAGCACUGGAGCAAUCACUGUGAUCAGGUUUGGUUUGUUAUGCCUCUUAGUGGUUGAAAAAGAUUUUCCAUCAGCUUUCCUUUGAUGAUUGCACUGACUUGACUUGAAGGGGGGGAGAGAGAGCAGCAGUUUAGUUUUUUCCAUGUUAAAAAGAUAAAGUUGGGAAAUAGUUAAGUGCUUUUAAUAUUGCCACUUGUGCCAAAAGUACCACUUUUUUCUUGGAAAAUGACAAUUUGGGU